AACUAAGAGUUUAAUUCUGUAUUUGAAGCAUGUGUGUGGUGUAUUCCACAAAAUUCUUAAUAGUUGCACAUAUCCUUCACUUGGCUUCUAGUCUACGCCCUUUCUUCAGGUGAGCAAGCUGGCUUACCUGUACUGUAAAAUAGGCCACGUCUUGCCUAGGGCUCUUAACCACAGCCAACGAGAGUUGUCCUUCCGUUGGUUGAGUAAGGCCUUGGCAAGUACCGGAUUUAUAUGAAAGAAGCAAGUCAGGCCCGUGUAGGUGGAUGAUAUGAGAGAUAGUUGAGACUCUCCCAUACAUGAUACAGUGAUAGUGCAUUCUUGGAAUGAUCAUCUUAACCCUUGUAUCUGUUUUCUUUCCAUGAUUCAGAAAUUUUGAACUCACUACAACAAGAUACCCGAUCAACGAGCGGAUUGUAAUCUGAAUCCUUCAGUAAAACGACUUAUAAUUUUGAGAAGCGGGAGUUUGUUCAUGUAGCUUCAAAGUUUAAGUUAAGUCGGACCGCUGUCAGCGACAAAUCUGUGUUCUCUAGUGUUGAUUUAGACAUACGUUUGAGUUUCAGUUUUAUUCGAAGCAUAAUUACUAAUGGCAAUGUUCGUCAUUUUAGAACGUCCUGAAGUGUAAUUUUGUGAGAUACCACAUAUAAUCUUACAGACAGUUGGUCACUGGCCCUGUUGCACGCAUAAUAUUCUUGUAAUUUGUAUAACAAAUUUUGGGUAAAUCUGUCGUAUUUCAUGAAUUUAUUAAUCUGACAAUAGUAUGAUUUGGGGAAGUGUGAACAACAUAUGUUUUGUUUUAUGAACCGAGCGAAGCCAGGGCGGAAAGUACUUCAAAGUUUAACUCUGAUCGUUUGAAUGAGUUUAAGAAGUGUGUUGAUCUUAGUUUAGUAGUUUCAACAGGAAGAUCACUAUGGCACUUUCAGUGGAUGAAAUCGAGUGGGGAACAAUGAAGAAAUACAUACGACGGCAACUUUCAAAAUGUGUUAAUGAAUGCAAGAAUCAAGCUACUAAUGCAAAAAGAUUUGUAGGAAGUUUGAAAAUCCAAGAAACCAGAUGCAGACCCUCAUUGUAUAACACCCAUGUUGUACCUUCAGAUGAUGGGGAGAGUGAUGGUUGGGAUACAGACUUUGAUGAUGAUGAUGAGGAUGUGGCAGAUCAAGCAGUAUAUAAUCCUACUGUAUCAACACUCAAUUUAGCAGAAACAGAACCUCAAAAUCAAAACCUCACUGCAAACGAAAAUUUACAGAUAAAUGGAGACAAAACUGUUUGUAACAUAGCAAUCACCAAUGCUGUUGAAUUACAUGGAGAAAACAGUUUGGAAUCAGAUUGUGCAUCUUCAUCAUUUAGUGAAGAUAAUUCUCCAACUUUAUCAUCAAUAUCUUCAAGAAGGUUACCUAGACCACCAGAAAAAUCAACUAUUCCUAAACCUCCAAGCUUAAAGCCAUCACUGUGA